CCCAUCCGCGCCGCCACUCUCUUCAUCGGGAUCCAACCCGCAGCCAGUUUCUCCCUCCCUCAUUUCUUCCACCAGUCCAACCGCAUCCACCCAAAUCAAAUCCUGCCUUCCUUGAUUUCCGUGCUAACCCAAUCACUCACAGCCUCGCUCGAUCCAGAUCGAGGAAAUCGUCCCCAAGCAACGAUGGCUCCGACCACCUCCCUCGAUUUGCGCCGCUGCCCAACCACUCCCUCCAACCAGCGCCUACCUCCUCGUCCCCGUGCCCGCAGCAGCGGAGCAGGAGCCCUCGCGCCUCAAGUCCCGCGUCGCCAAGCCGCCUCCCUGCCCUCGAGUCCGUCCAAUUCCGCCGUCCGCCGUGGUCGUGGAGCUCGUCGGCGUCAUCCUCGUGCCGUCCCAGCCCCGUCGCUACUCCCGCAAGACCCUGCCAUGGACACCGUCCGCCGGCGACCACCCAGGAGCACCAGCCGGCGCCACCAUCAUCGCAGAUGGGCUCCCGCCGCCCAGGACUUCCUCGCGCCACCUUCAGAUCGAGCAGGAGCCUCGACCCCGAGCUCCUCCUCUGAUUCUUCCCUAGCGCCGCGCCAAGCUCCGCCGCCCAAGCUGCGCUGUCGCCUGCCAAGUCCCCGCGUCGUCGUCCUCGCCCGGAUUCCCGCUGCUGUGCCAAGUCCCUCGCCCCGCCUAUGCUUCCCUGCUCCAAAUCGAACGCCAAUCCGCCGCCCUGGAGCUUCUCCGCCGCCGGCGCCCUUCUCCAGCGCCCCAAGUCCCGCCAUGAACGCCCGUCGACAGCGUCGCCUCAACCCUGCCUCUCCUCCUCGAGCUCGUUCCUCGAGCAUGACGCAGGUCCAGCGCCCGCGGCCCCGGCCUCGUCCCUGCCUUCAAGUCGCCGCUCCGCCGCCGGAGACCAAGCUGCCGCCGCGCCUGACCCCUGCCUCGACCUGCUGCCGCGCCCCUUCUUCCUCUGCUUCGAGGACGAGCCAGGCGCCCGCGUUGACUUCUCGUCGCGAGGCUCCUGCCGACCCCGUCCGCAUCGCCAAGGCCCAGCAGCCGCAUCCAGAUCUGCCGGCCCGCGAACCCCUCUGCUCCAGUUGGCCUUUGAGCCCAUGCUUCGGUUUCGUUCCGGAGUUGUGAGGAUUCGUUCAACUACGUCCGUUUGUCUUCUUCA